AGAGAGUAGAGACAGAAGAACAUUCAAGGGGUAAGGGAGGAGGAGAGACAAUCAAGGGAAAGGGGUGCAGCCUUGGCAGAGGCCAUGAAGACUCAAGAGGAGGAAGGGGGCCAAGGAAACAUCCACCAUAACCAAUAGGCGACGUGACUUGAGGAGGAGCUCAUGUAUGACCAAUGAACUAAGGAGAGUAGGGUCAGGUACCAGGGACAAAGGAAGAGUCAGACAGAAGAGAGUGACAAAUCUGAAAAUCCCGAAGGUCGAAAAGGAAGAGAAGAACCCAGACCAUGCCCUUAGGUCAUUCCAGCAGGACAUGAGGGAGAAUUGGGAUCCCGUCGUCAUAGUCGUCUCAAUACCACGCAUCAGCCUGGUGUGCUCAGUGGCUGGGGUACCCAACAAGGCAGAGAUUGGAGCCACAGGGCUGUGUGUGGUUGCCCAUACCACUGUGAGCCAUCAGAAGAGCGGCCAAGCUCUCGGCCAGUCCACGGCAUCGUCAGCAGGCAGCCAUCUCGGGAGUCAUCUGGUCUACCCUGCCGGCUUCCCUGCAGGGGUUGGAACCCAGAGCUUCAACCAUCGGUACCAAACCGUCAUCACUUUCAUUUUCCCAGUGCAACUGGGCGAAAUCAUGGAUCCCACUCCAGAGCAGGUACCAGGAGAGACUGGCCCAGGGAAGGAAACCGAGGGGUCUACAGAGUGCAAAGCCCAGGGCCUGAGUGCCCCCCGCUGCCAUCCAGAUUGGGGGGAUAUCCUCAGACAUCUUGCCAAACUCCACAAGCAGAUGGUGGCCUAUACCCUCCGCUUUAUCAGCAGCCUGGGUCUUCUAGACUCUUUCGCGUUCCUCCUCGCUAUACUAACUAUCGGGGACCUCAAAACUAUCCAGAGCAACAAUACUUUUAUCCAUCUUCAUCUGAACUUCUGCCAUUUUCUCUCCCAUCUUCUCUUCCUCGCCGGAAUACACUGGACCCUUAGUAAGGCCAUGUGCAUCAUGAUCGGCAUGCUCUGCUAUUCGUUCCUGGCUAGUUUUGCCUGGAUAUUUCUGGGCAGGCUCUUUUUCUACCUGGCUUCCUGGAGCCUUAAGGUGGUCGAUUAUUUCAGCACCAUUCAUCUAUUCAGGAAAGUGCUGAAUUUCUCCGGUUAUGGGAUACCUGCUCUGCACAUAGGUUUAUUUAUUGCCAUCCAAGCCCAUGACAUCAAUAAUUAUAACAACUGUUGGAUCAACUCCAUCAAGGACUCAGAAUGGAUCUUUGUGAGUCCCAUCUGCGUUUUAAUCAUGAAAAGGAGGUGGGGAAUUUCUAAAGGGGAGAGGAGCAGGCAGGCCGGAGUGCCAGCCCUAGGAAGCGGGAGGAGGAGGUCAGGAACAGCAACCACUCUUUGCCAUCAUUCAGUCAAAGGCCAAGAUCUGUUUCCUACUCCUGUGGAAUAGAGACUUAGAUGGAUUCUCAUUUGCCAGGCCUGGUUUUCUACUCAAAAGUUCCUCCAAAGACAGCUGAGUAAGACCCAGAAGUCUUCUUGCCAAGGCAAGGGAGGCUUCCACCUACCCCUCAAUGGUUCCAUCCCAUCAAGAUCUCACCCCCCCUACCAGCAACAGAUCUUCUCUCAUUAAAUUCCUCUUGACUCGUGAUGCAGAA